AUGGAAUCCGCUGAGAACGCAGCCUGGCCGAUGGCCGAUGCCACCCUGGCACAAGAGCUCCUGGAUGUCUUGCAGCAAGGAACUCAUUCGCGUCAGGUGAAGAAGGGAGCGAACGAGGCCACCAAGUCUGUGAACCGCGGCGUCUCGGAACUUGUCAUCCUCGCUGGAGACACGACCCCCCUUGCCAUCGUCAUGCACCUUCCGCUUUUGUGCGAGGACAAGAACGUCCCGUACGUUUUCGUGCCAAGCAAGGCCGCGCUGGGACGGGCGUGUGGUGUGAGCCGACCCAUCAUCGCUGCUAGCAUCAACUCGAACGAGGCUAGCGAUUUGGCUCCCCAGAUCCGUCAGCUCAGGUCCAAGGUGGAGAGACUUGCCAUCUAA